AUGGUAGAUUCUAAAUUUUCAGGCGUUUCUUCCAUGGAUUCGGAAUCAGAAAAUGGUGGUGAUGGUGUGAAUUAUAGUGGCCAUUUUCAAAUCGACACAGUGUUUCCUAGUUAUGAUGCUACUGUUGAAUGGGCAAAAGAAAUUGCCCGGCCAAUUGGAUGUAUAUUCGUCUCAUCAUCGUACAAAAAAACCACCGAUGGUCGGCUGUAUCGAUAUUUGGCUUGCAAUCGUGGUCGGAAGAAAAGGCCAAGAGAUUUGGAGAAUGUGAUUCGCAAGGACACUAAAACCAAGUCCGUCGGGUGUCCUUUCUACAUCAAGAUUUAUUACAAGAAAAGCACCGAUGGUUGGAGGAUCUGUGCUAAAAAUGAUGUAACCGGCACCCACAAUCAUCCAUUCAUUGUGUAUCCUGAAGGUCAUCGACAAAUCAGCGGUCUUAGUCCAGGUGCGAAGCAGGUUGUGCGUAACUUGACAAGGUCAAAGGUUGCGCCUCGUAAUAUCAUGGCAACCAUUAUAGAGCAAUUUACUGAAGAUCAUCCAAACAUCAGGCAUAUAUACAAUUGUACAAGUGACAUCAGAAUGGAGGAUUCUGAAGGAAAAGGAGUGGUUCAACAAUUUCUGCAUUUGGCUAGAGAGAGUCACUACAUUUAUUGGGUUAUGACUGAUGACAUCGGUGUUUUACAUCAUGCAUUCAUGGUGCAUCCGAUCACGUGCAACUUGUUACGCACAUAUCCGUACGUGAUUGCAUUGAAAGCCGAGUUUCCUCACACUGCGCAUUUACUUUGUAGGUGGCACAUUAAUAAGGAUGUCGAAGCUUAUGUGACUGGAUUGUUCAAGGAAAGGACGGUGGGUGCAAAGUUCAAAAAUGGUAGAUGGAAACGAGUCAUGGAUGCUGCAUUUGAGCCGGAAUAUGAGUUAGCCUUGCAGAGAUUGAAAACAAGUUGGGGUCGGUAUCCGAAAGUUGUGGAUUACGUUGAGAGUACUUGGCUUUCCCAGAAAGAGAAAUUUGUGACGUGUUGGACGAACAAAGUUAUGCACUAUGGUAACGUUUCUACAUGUAGGGUUGAGAGUCAGCACUCGGCGGUCAAGAGUUGGAUGGAAUCAUCGACAGGUUUUUUGGAUACGGUAUGGGCUCGAGUGCAUUGCCAGAUUGGAAAUCAGAUCGUUGGAAUACGUAACGCUUUGGAGGCUAGUAGAUCUAAAGUGGGUUAG